GGCAGGUGCCUCAGCAGUCCCUGGUGCCUCAGCAACCCCUGGUGCCUCAGCAACCCCUGGUGCCUCAGCAGUCCCUGGUGCCUCAGCAGCCCCUGGUGCCUCGUGACAGCUCUGCAAGAUGUGGGGACUGGUGCUGCUGUGCGCGGCGGCCGCGGGCCUCGACGGCCAGGAUGUGACCUCUGGGAGCCGGGAGCUGACCUCGCCGCUGACCACCGCCGCGCCCAGCCCGGGCUGCGCCUGCCCCAGCGUGCACUGCGGCUCCUGCUCGCUGCAGCGGGGUGCCUGCUGCCAGCUGUGCUGCCGGCAGCCCUGCAGCUGCGCGGGGCUGGACUGCGUGCGCUGCAACGGCACCACGCCGUGCUGCCAGCUGUGCUGCCAGCGAGGGCCCGCCCGCGACCCCCAGCCGCCGGGUUACGCCUCGCUGCUGGCGGCCGGAGGACAGCUGGUGCUGCCCAACCUGACGGUGGUGCUGAGCCAGCCGCGGGUGGUGAUCAGCCAGCCCCAGGUGGUGCUGAGGGCACAGCCGCGCGCGCCGGCGCUGUGCUGCAGCGUGGACCAGCCGGCGCGCUGCUCCGUGUACGGCUGCGAGCAGGGGCGCAGCGCAGUCACGUGCGGCCCGCAGUGCGUGCUGGGGACACCCCUGGCGCCGCGCUGCUCGCCGCUGGUCUCCUGGCCCUACCUGGCCUGCGCGCAGGGCUGGCCAAGCCUCGACACCGUCUAGUCGCUCUCGGAUACCUGCCGCCUUCUUGCUGGCCUGUGGCUCCUUCAGUCCCGGGUGUAGCGACUUACAUCCCGACCUAACCUCACCUAACCUGUAGCACAUAACACAACUCAACUUGAACUCAUCCAAUAAUACCUUACUUACCUAACAUACCCAUCAAAUAACAGACUCUUUAAUCCUCACAGUCCAUACAUUCAAUAAUGACGUAGUUGUGCGAUUUCUUUAGUUGAAAGCACUGAAUCGUUACUAUAUAAUAUUCAAUAUACAGCACAAUAAAAAUUGUUUUCCACUAGUUUCCUAUAAGCCGAGUGUUCUCAGUACCUUAAUUUUGCUUGUUUCGCAAACACAACUGAUAAAUAUCGCGUAUACUGUAUAAUGUUGUGUGUCCUCCCCGCUUGUAGAGCAAAACACACAAUCCGAACAACCAGUCUGUAUUCUGCAAUUUAACUUUUAUUAAAUUAAAAAUAACUACCACACUAAUUUUUUAUCAGAACACCAACGCUGGGAGUCAGCUUAAAAUUCAACCAAAACAGAAACUCAAUUCAAGAUUUGGAAUGAAUUGGUGUUCGUAUAAAAUUGACAAUAUCUAGAUUAAACUUCAAUCUUAAAUUUAUUUCACUGCCAGCAUCAAGAAAAAGGGUACUCAAAAAUGUUACAAACUGUGAACCGAAGCAAACAUGACCAAUUUUACUUAUUAACUAACACAGUUCAAUAUCAUAUCAAGGUAAAAUUUAACUUUACUAAGUUAGUGCAAGAUACAUUAAUUUUAUCCAUUUUUAGUUAUAUAUACCAUUAAGACCUAUACAAAUUUCCGCCACCAGAAUACUAGCGGCGAAUUACAAAAAAAAAUGGAUAGCAUAAAAACCUUCCCCAUGAAAAUAAAGUCCAUUUCAGCACAGUCUACUGCCAUAGGUAGAUUACGAAGCACCUAUUUAUUCUGCAGAUGUUUUGGAAACUUCUAUAAACAAUCGAAACAUUUUAAGAUCUUAAUGUACAUAACAUAUUUAUGUUCUCCAUUAUUACAAAUUUAUCGACUAAAUAAUUGCUCAUUUUCCAUGCAGCGAAAAUAUUACAAAACUUUUUAACUCGAUGUUUCCAGCAGUGAAUAGUACAGAACGCAGCAUUGAAUAGCUCAGAACGAAUUUCAUAUUAUUAGAUAACUAAUUAUUGAUUUUUUUACCUUCAAAUACUAUUUUUCAUCCCUGUCACUAAAAACGUGGUCGUAUAAAAAUUUGCGUUGCACCAAGUUUUAAGAUAAUAUUAAGAUGGUUUUUAAAUAAAUUCAAACAAAUUUCAUACGAAGAAAGUUAUGAAUAUAUAUUUUUUUAAUUUCAACCCAUGUCUUUACGGUGAUAAUUCGUUACAACAAAAAUUGUUUCAGUCAAAGUUUUAGAUGACGUUUAGGAUUUAUACAAUAAAUAAUAUAUCUAUUAAAAAUUAAUGAUUUUUUUUUACUUUCAAAUCUUGUUAUUUCCACCCCUUGCAGCCUUACAGUAAUGGUUGGAUAAAGAAAAAUUUAUUUUAACAAUAGUUUUGGUUAAUAUUUAGACAGUUAAACUAAAACAAGAAUGGAUCUUAUAGUGUACCGAAUAGGGAAGUUUCAUUUAUUUUAUUACUCAAACCCCAUGUUUUUCAACCUCUUGCAAUAAUGGUUUGUAUUAUCAAAAAUU